AAAAAAAAAAAAAAAAAUCUCAACUCUCUCGGUGUACACCGAGGACUUGACAGCUGGAAUUUUUUGCCUUUCUUUUUUUUUGGGGGGGGGGGCUACCAGGUUGACGAAGACGACGAAACCGGAGUCGUGUCGCGUAAUUUAGCCGGCGAAAGUGCCUGUUUUAUUUCUUCCCUCCCUCAUAAAAGUAACCACCAGAAUUCCAGCUCGUCGCAAUUGAGCUAAUUCGGCUAACAUUUAGCUUGUUUCUCCAACGCGUAAUUGGUUAUGACACUGCUUUUAACGCCCAAAAACCCGUAUAUUCUGCUUUAUUUGUCCCAUUUAACUCCGCUGAGAUGACUUCCUGACCCCCAAGACACUUUUUAAUCCCCCUCGAAAAGAAGGAGAGACUUAUCUAGCGAGCUAAACUGAGCUAACCCGAGAGGCGCGGCGCUAGCAGCAGCGACACCCGGGAUUGGACACGUCGCCAACGGAGAGGAGGAGGUAGGAGUGGCGGCCUAAAGCUUGACAGCUUCGCCCGGCCAAGGCGGGCUCUAAGAGGCCCAGAGCCCGCCACUCUGCGGGGCCACAAGCGUCGCUGAGCCGCGGGGAGACACCGGCUUGAAGGGAGGAGAAGGCGGCGGAGGAGGGCGAGGACCAGGCAUUUUUUUUUUUUUUUGACUAGUGGGAUCCGGGAAGUAAACCGGGCAGUGACCUCAUGAAUGGAAAUCGGAACUACAGGAGCCGUUGGGGCCCAGUCCCUGUUUGCCAUGCCUCGGCGGCCCGGCUAUGGCACCAUGGGAAAGCCCAUCAAGCUGUUGGCCAACUGCUUCCAAGUGGAGAUCCCCAAGAUGGACGUCUACCUCUACGAGGUGGACAUCAAGCCUGACAAGUGCCCGCGGCGUGUCAAUCGGGAGGUAGUGGACUCCAUGGUGCAGCACUUCAAGGUGACCAUCUUUGGGGAUCGCAGGCCAGUCUACGAUGGCAAGAGGAGUCUGUACACGGCCAACCCGCUGCCUGUGGCGCCCACGGGGGUGGACUUGGAUGUAACUCUGCCAGGCGAGGGGGGCAAAGAUCGUCCUUUCAAGGUGUCAAUCAAGUUUGUCUCUCUAGUGAGCUGGCACAUGCUGCAUGAGGUUCUAACGGGGCGCAGCAUGCCUGAGCCGCUGGAGCUGGACAAACCGAUUAGCACCAACCCAGUGCAUGCCGUGGAUGUGGUGCUGAGACACCUGCCGUCCAUGAAAUAUACGCCGGUGGGCCGCUCCUUCUUCUCGUCUCCGGAGGGCUAUGAUCAUCCUCUGGGCGGAGGCCGGGAGGUGUGGUUCGGCUUCCACCAAUCGGUGCGUCCUGCCAUGUGGAAGAUGAUGCUAAACAUUGACGUGUCAGCCACCGCCUUCUACAAAGCCCAGCCGGUCAUCCAGUUCAUGUGCGAAGUACUGGACAUCCACAACAUAGAUGAGCAACCCCGCCCUCUCACUGACUCGCACCGGGUCAAAUUCACCAAAGAAAUCAAAGGUUUGAAGGUGGAAGUGACACACUGUGGAACCAUGCGAAGGAAGUAUCGUGUCUGCAACGUGACCCGCAGGCCGGCCAGCCAUCAAACGUUCCCCCUCCAGCUGGAGAACGGCCAGACUGUGGAACGCACCGUAGCCCAGUACUUUAGGGAGAAGUACAGCCUACAGCUCAAGUACCCCCACCUACCCUGUCUCCAAGUUGGCCAGGAGCAAAAACAUACCUACCUGCCACUGGAGGUGUGUAACAUUGUAGCUGGUCAGCGAUGUAUCAAGAAGCUGACAGAUAAUCAGACAUCCACCAUGAUCAAGGCCACAGCUCGCUCCGCGCCUGACAGACAGGAAGAGAUCAGCAGGCUGGUCCGCAGCGCCAACUAUGACGCGGACCCGUUUGUCCAGGAGUUCCAGUUCAAAGUGCGCGACGAGAUGGCCCAUGUGACGGGGCGAGUGCUACCCGCCCCCAUGCUGCAGUACGGCGGCAGGAACCGCACAGUGGCCACGCCCAGUCAUGGUGUGUGGGACAUGAGGGGCAAGCAGUUCCACACUGGUGUGGAGAUUAAGAUGUGGGCCAUCGCCUGCUUUGCCACGCAGCGCCAAUGUCGGGAGGAUAUUCUCAAGGCGUUCACAGACCAGCUACGCAAGAUCUCCAAGGACGCCGGCAUGCCCAUCCAGGGGCAGCCAUGCUUCUGCAAAUAUGCCCAGGGAGCGGACAGCGUGGAGCCCAUGUUCCGACACCUGAAGAACACCUACGCUGGACUGCAGCUCAUCAUUGUUAUCCUCCCCGGCAAAACCCCUGUCUAUGCUGAGGUAAAGCGCGUGGGAGAUACUCUGCUGGGCAUGGCCACGCAGUGUGUCCAGGUGAAGAAUGUAGUGAAGACCUCCCCCCAGACCCUCUCCAACCUCUGUCUCAAGAUUAACGUCAAGCUGGGCGGCAUCAACAACAUCCUUGUGCCUCACCAACGGCCUUCAGUGUUUCAGCAGCCAGUCAUCUUCCUGGGAGCAGAUGUGACACAUCCGCCUGCCGGGGAUGGCAAGAAGCCCUCAAUUGCAGCAGUGGUGGGCAGCAUGGACGCCCACCCCAGCCGCUACUGUGCCACCGUGCGGGUGCAGAGGCCCAGACAGGAAGUAAUUCAGGAUCUGGCCUCAAUGGUCCGCGAGCUGCUUAUCCAGUUCUACAAGUCCACGCGUUACAAGCCUACCCGCAUCAUCUUCUACAGGGACGGAGUGUCUGAAGGCCAGUUCAGACAGGUGCUGUAUUAUGAGCUGCUGGCCAUCCGCGAGGCCUGCAUCAGCCUGGAGAAAGAGUAUCAGCCGGGCAUCACCUAUAUUGUGGUGCAAAAACGGCACCACACACGACUCUUCUGCGCCGACCGCAACGAGCGAGUUGGACGCAGUGGAAACAUUCCUGCUGGUACGACCGUGGACACUGACAUCACGCAUCCUUAUGAGUUUGACUUUUACCUCUGCAGUCAUGCUGGAAUACAGGGCACCAGCCGGCCCUCCCACUACCACGUGCUGUGGGACGACAACUGUUUCACGGCCGACGAGUUCCAGCUGCUAACCUACCAGUUGUGCCACACCUAUGUCCGCUGUACCCGCUCGGUGUCCAUACCUGCGCCUGCCUACUACGCCCACCUGGUGGCCUUUCGCGCUCGUUACCAUCUGGUUGACAAAGAGCACGACAGUGCCGAGGGCAGUCACGUGUCCGGUCAGAGUAAUGGUCGAGACCCGCAGGCCUUGGCCAAAGCUGUCCAGAUCCACCAUGACACCCUAAGGACCAUGUACUUCGCCUGAGCUGCAACCCACACAC